UUUCCCGAAGCCCGGCUUAAGCCAGCGCCGCGAGGGCGGGCGUCGGCUCUCAGGAAUGAGGAAGCAGCGAGAGGACCGUGGCAAGGACGCAAGCGGAAACGUGGAAGGCUGCGGCAAUGCAACCAGCCGAGAAAUACGCUGUCAAGUACAAAGGAUUUUAUUUCCAGCCAGAUUUGGUUUCACCGGAGUACCUAGAUUCCCUGGGGGAUUUUGAAAUCAGGGACAGUGAUGUGCUUCUAGAUACUUACCCAAAGUCAGGAACCGUAUGGACUCAAAAUAUUUUGAGCUUGAUUUUGCACGAAGGUCAUCGAGAUGGAACUGAACACAUAGACUUACUAGAUAGAGCUCCAUGGCUGGAGGCCAAUGUCCGCAAUAUGGAUUACGUCAAUCGACCAUCACCUCGACUCUUUACUUCCCAUCUACCCUACUAUUUAGUACCAAAGGGAUUAAGGAACAGAAGAGGAAAAGUUGUUUAUGUGGCCAGAAACCCAAAGGAUGUUCUGGUUUCCUAUUAUCAUUUUACCAAAGCUGCACGCACACUAGAAAAAGUAGACGACUUUGAGAUUUACAUGGAGAGGUUUCUGUCUGGAAAAGUAAUUGCAAGUUUAUGGUUGGACCAUGUGGAAGGCUGGUACUCUCACAAGGAUGACUUCAAUAUUCUGUUUCUUACCUAUGAGGAAAUGAAGAAGGAUCUAAGAAGCUCUGUACUGAAAUUAUGCAACUUCCUUGGAAAGAGACUGACUGAAAAGGAGGUGGAUGCUGUUGUGGAUCAGGCUACAUUUAAUAAAAUGAAAGCAGAUCCCAGGGCAAACUAUGACUUCUUGCCACCAGAGUUCAUGGACUACAGCAAAGGACAUUAUCUUCGCAAAGGCACUGUUGGAGACUGGAAGAACACCAUGACAGUAGCACAAAAUGAAAGGUUUGACAGUGUUUUCAAGGAGAGAAUGGAAAAGCUGCCCAUCAAGUUCUGCUGGAACAUCAAUGAAGAAUCAUGAGUCUACCUUCAGCUUGGAAGGAUGAAAUAAAGUGCACUGUAUGCAUUUAAUCCAGGCGUAUUUGUAAGAGUUAGUAAGGAAAACUCUCAUGUGGCUUAAUAGCCUCCUAAUACUGUAAUAUGUGCAAGAUUUUUUAAAAACAGCACAAUAAAAUUACAUUUGUACUGUC